AUUUCCCAUCCGCUUAGACGCACGAGAGUAGUGUCACUGGGUAGGCGUUUUCUAGCCUGGAAAGUGUUGUUUUGUUUGCUCGCCGCGCACCCAGUGCACUCUAACUCCGAGAACCGGAGCCGAAAAUGUCCUUUCACUCGGUUUUGGAAGGAACAAACUCUUUAACGAUGAAUGAAGGGGAUCGGUUGGAUACCACCAUCUAUGCGUGUCCGGCUUAUGAGCUCAGUAAAGCGGUGUCGGUGUCUUUGGGUUUGGAUUCGGUGUCUUCUCCGCCCAAUAAUAUGAACCAGAGCUCCAGCAGCGCCUUCGCAGAAUGCGACUCCACUGUGGCGGAUACUUCUCGGGGAGUGCCAGAGUUGAGAAGGACUGGAAAUAUGAACUCCGACAGCAGCCUGCUUGUCCUGGGUGACAGCAGCCUUAGAGAGGACGACUUUGGAGAAGUGUGCCAGGGCAUACAGCAGGUGAGCUGUAUGGAUCUGUUCGGAUCGGGCGAAAUGGACGGUGCGCAAACUGUGACGCGUGGCUCGGUGAUAUCCAGAUACGUCUGCAGGGAGUCAAAUGUGUUUAUGAACCCCACGCUGGAGCUGCCCGCGACCCCUCAGGUGGCCGAGGUCGUACCCUUAAAACCACCUUCGUCUUACUAUGCCAGUUCAGACCUAUAUAGGGAUUUCCCACCGCAAAUGUGGUGCGCAAAUGAGCGCGCAUACAUCGACCGAUCCCAGCCUCAGCCACAGCCACAGCCACAGAGGGGAGAAUCAGGGGAACAUAAUUUUUUGUGCAAAUACUGUAAUUGUGGGCAAGCUCCUCGCGGAAACAGGCAGGAAUGCCGCUGUAUCUGGUACGGUAGAGGUGAGAAGGGUGGCAAAGGUGGCAUGCGAGCGACGGCACAAGGAUAUGGCCAAAUGGAAAGUUACCCAAGUGCGAUUCCUCAGGGGCAAAGCACUUUCUCCACUAUCAAGAGCGAGCCUUCGGUGUGGAUGAAUUGCACAGAUCGCAGUUUAAGGCAUGAGGAUUUUUUUCCAGGUGUGUAUCUGUCAGAAAGGAGAGUGUGUCAAGUGUGCGGAGAUGACGCCUCGGGUUGUCACUAUGGAGCAGUCACCUGCGGCAGCUGCAAAGUAUUCUUCAAGAGGGCCGCUGCAGGUAAGCAGAACCACUUGUGUGCCAGCCGAAACGACUGCACCAUCGACAAACUGAGGCGGAAGAACUGCGCGUCGUGUCGCUUAAAGAGAUGCUUCAUGUCGGGAAUGAGCCUUAAAGGUCGCAGGCUGAAGGGAACCGGGCAGGCGAGUAAUGGAGAAGAGGAGCAACAGCCAGCUAGCUGGGGACACGGAGAAAAAGAAGAGAGGGCAGCGAAGAAAGAUGCAGUCUUGGAGUCCAGAAAUGCAGCUGUCAGGGCUCAAGCUUCCCAGGCCCUGGUUGCGGCCAUCCCCCCACCCCUGCACUCCUGCCUGUCGCUGCUCAGCAUCCUACAGGCUAUUGAGCCAGCACUGGUCAAUGCCGGGCAUGAUCCUGCCCAGCCAGACAGCCCCGUGUCCUUGCUCACCAGCCUGAACGAGCUGGGAGAACGGCAGCUGGUAACCGUGGUCCACUGGGCCAAGGCAAUACCAGGGUUUCGGGACCUGUAUGUGGAUGACCAGAUGUCACUGAUUCAGCUGUCAUGGAUGGGGGUGAUGGUGUUUGCCUUAGGCUGGAGAUCCUACACGCUGACUAACAGCUCUAUGCUGUACUUUGCUCCAGACCUGGUUUUCAAUGACCAGCGGAUGCAAGUGUCCAGCAUGUAUGAACACUGUGUGAGGAUGAAGCUACUAUCCCAAAGGCUGUGCAUGCUCAAGGUUACCCAGGAGGAGUUCCUCUGCAUGAAGGCCCUGGUCCUCCUCAGCAUCAUGCCAGUGCAGGGCCUGAAGAGCCAGAGUUGUUUUGACAAACUGCGGACCUCCUACAUCAAGGAGCUAGACCGUUUGGCCAGCCACCACGGAGAGACCACCCGCACGCAGAGACUGUUUCAGCUCACGCAGCUGCUGGACUACCUCCAGUCGGUUGUGAGGAAAUUACACCAGUUCACCUACGAUCUGUUCAUCCAAGCUCAGUCCAUGCAAAUGCACGUCAGCUUCCCAGAGAUGAUCUCGGAGAUUGUGAGCGUCCACGUGCCCAAAAUCCUCUCUGGGAUGGUCAAGCCCAUCCUUUUCCACAACGCGGCCUAGUGAGUGAGAGUCUCCAAAACUGUCUUUUCAUCAGCCACACCGACCGGAAAGAGUUCUCAAUGAUUUUUACACUUCUGUCCUGAGAGUAGGGUGCAGUCAAGGUGUAAGCAGAUGUUAACAGAAGGGCAGACAGCACAUUCUUCCAGUCUAAUGUAGUUUGAUUUCAUCUUCUCACUUCUUCUUCUUAUUGCCUGUUUGAAUGUAUCCCGCACAUACACAAAUGCUUUUCGGGGGCUGAUUAAAAUACUUGCAUGCAUUUCUGUCCACAUACUAAUGGUGAACCUCAUGGCAUGUGAACUUCUUCGGCUCUUCAUGUGGAUAAUCACAAACUCUUCUGGGGCGUGCGGUGCAGGGGGCCAAGUUUGAAGGCAGCACAUCCCGGUAGCUUGUCUGUGUGCAUUAGCAUGACAUUUUGAACUAGCUAUUUUUCACAAUGAAUGUUACUGUGUGCACCUGAGAUGAAAAAAGGAAAAAAAAUAAUAAAUCAGUGACUGACAGUUAAUAAGCGGUUGUGACGUUCAUGCUUGGAAGCAAAGCUAUCUGGCCCGGAGGCAUAUAAAAACAUUUUUUUGACAGCUGUCAUCAUCUAUUAAAAAAAUAUCGGACUAUUACUAGAUUUCUGUUUUGUCAAAAUGAAAGCACUUUCAAGGUGCGACUGGAGCGCCACCAAUUUCAAAUGUAUAUUUAUCCAUUUUUGAUGCCAAAAAGGUCACAGCAGUCACAGUGAAGGACGUAAUUGGACAAAAUGACUCCAUUAGUCGAGAAACACCACGGGUGACUUUAUUUUAUUUUUUUUUAUCAGGAAAAAAAAAAAGGUUUUUCAGUGCCAAAUAUUAUUAAAGUAAAGUUUUUCCACAGUGGACGUUUCAUACUGUUGUAACUUUUCUACAGUUUCCUAAAGUGUUCUUUGCAAAUGUUUUGUUGUGUAUUACCAUGUAAUCCUCGUAGCUUAUGACAGUUUUUGCUAAAGGUCCAGCCAAGAACCCGCUCUAUUGUUGCAACAUUUACAGCUUGACAUGUAAUAAAACAAAAUAAAGCCAAA